AUGGAUGUGUAUGUCCAGAUCACGGGCCUGGACUCAGGAAAGACGUGCGGAGUCAAGGCACUACUCGAUAGUGGCUGUAGCACCUGCUGCAUUGAUACCGACUACGCGCGGGCAGAGAAGCUGGAUAUCCAAGAGCUUCCGCAACCCAUCGUGGCUUGUAACGCCGACAACACCAAGAACAUCAGCGGUCGGAUCACGCAUUACAUUGACCUAAGGAUGAGAAUUGGUCCUCAUGUGGAGACACACACAUUCCUUCUGACGUGCCUAGGGAAAGCUCGGAUCUUCAUCGGUCUUGAUUGGCUGACGGAACACAACCCCAAGGUGGAUUGGCAGGAGCAGACGAUGAAGUUCAGUCGAUGCCCAGAGCGUGUAAGGGCAACUCCUGCCAGCCCGAAGGAAGAGAGCACACAGCACACAACAACCUCACAUGAGUCUGAGCACAGAGGGGGAUCCUUAGAGAACGGUUCAAGGAUCCAUGUGCCCAGGUGUCACACUAUAUACUGUACUAUUUCGACCGUAGUUUCGACCCGAUGA